AUGGAGAGUCUGUUGUCGCCGGCGUAUCAGUCGGCGUCGGAGUCCAUCGAUGCGUCGCCUUCGUACACUCCGAAUGCUCAGUGGACCGGCAGCCUGGGGAAGAAACCAGGGCCACCUAAUAGCUCCAGCAGGACCAAGGGAAUCGCUGAUCUGGAGAGAGAGAUGGAGGAGCUCCGAGCGAGUUACCAACAGGUGUGCGAAGAGAGGGAUGCGUUGGAAGACCUUCUACUGCAGGAGCAGCUCAAGAACCGAACGCCAGCGGACAAGCAGUUAGAGGAGGCCAAGGCACAUGCAGCAGCGCUGGAGCUUGAGCUAAGAUCCAUGGCUGCUAGAUGCGAGGAAUGGAAGCGCCGGGCAGCGCAGCGGGCAGCUGAAAUGAAUCCAGCCAUGGUGCAGGCACUACUGGAGGAGCGGCUGGAAGAUUUGGACGAGUCAGGGACGAUCAAGAUACAGAUGGAGGUGGCUCGCCUGCGGGACGAGCUGGCCAAAUCCGAGGUGCUUCGCUUUGAGCUCUUCCGCAGCACACAAGAGGGAGCAGCGACGAACAGCAAGUGGGAGGCAGAGGAGGAGGGGCUGAAGCAGCAGAUGGAGGAAGUGGAUGCAGGCAGGGAGAUCAACAGUAAGAGCAUCGAUGAGAUCCCAGAGAGCACCGUGUGGAGAGAAGCCAACAGCAUGGAAGAAGCGGAGGAUUUGAUGCAGGAGCUGCUGGAGAUGGGGCAGGCGUCUCUGAGCCAGCAGGACGUGGAGCGACUGUCAGAAGCAGUGGAGUCUGCAGAGCGCAGAGCAGUAGAGGCUGAGAGGAGGGCUGCGCAGGCAGAGAAGGAAGCUUCAGAGAAGGCGAUGCAAAUAAGGGUGCUGGAGGCGAAGCUAACAGCACUGCUGGGAGGAGACCCUUCAGCAAUCGCAUCUGCUCCUUACCACCACCAAGCCCUAUCCUCCUCUUCCUCCCUCUCCUCCCGUCCUCUUCCCUCCACCUCCACCACUGCCAAAAGUAACGUCGCCACUGCCACUUCUGUUCCCACCCAAGUCCCAACCACCACCAAUGUCUCUGCCUCUGCUGCCACGUCAUCCGUCCAUGCUCUGGCCAAUGGAAUCACGCCACGGGUCAGCAACACUGAUGACGUGGCAGGACAGGCGCGCGAUGUGUCGAGGAGGAGAGCUGACGUGGCAAGGGAGAGUGCUGGGAGAAGGGAAUCUGUGCUGGUGAUUGGAAGUGACGAUGGGGCCAGUGCUGUUGGCAAGGGGAUUGGUGGGAUCAGGGGGGUCUUGAGUGAGGUGGAGAGCAGUGCAGGGGAGAGUAAGGGGGAGAGUGCGGAGGAGAGUGGGGGGGACAGUUUGAAGGAGCUUGCAGCAGCACAGAUUGCAGAUGUUGAGGAGAUUCGGGAGAUUGUUCAUCGUGUUCAGGGCGAAGAAGUUGAGGAAUUUAUAACAGAAAGCUCGCUUAGAGGAGACUCGCUAAGAGGUGAUUCGCUAAGACGAGACGGUCAGAGGUCAGGAAAAGGAGGUGGACGGCACUUACUGCAACAGGAUGGCCGUCAGCUUUCUGAUGGAGAUGGACGGCAAGCAGGCGGGUUCCGGUGGGAGGAGGUGGGCGGCGAGGCUCGUCGCGGAGUGGUGUGGUGGAUGCAGCUGUCGGACGUCCACGUCAGCGUGCACGUGCCAUCAAGAGCCAAUGAUCUCCUCGUGCACCUCGUGCCAGCUGUCCGCGUUAUAGCGCCUGCUGCGCUGAUAGUGUCUGGGGAUCUCACAGCUUCUCUAUCCUCCUUGAUAGAAUUCAAGACAUCCCUGUUGCUGUCUGAUUCCGUGUUCCCUCUUUUCCCCCCUCCCCUCCCCUUUCCUCUCAUUUCAUCCGCUUCAGAAUCAAAGAACCGCCAGCGCACAACAACAGCACAGAACGAGUCAGAAUGGUGUGCAUACUCCAAAGCAAUGCACGCCCUCAGCACCGCAAUCAACUCCGCCCACCCGCCCUCCUCCCCCUCUCCACCGCUCUCCCUCACCUCUCAAUCCCAACAAACCGAACAUACUCAGAAUAUUUCCCCCAGCCGCCCCUCCUGCGCCCCUUUCCCCCGGGUGCUGGAUUUGAGGGGCAAUCAUGAUGCUUUUAGUGUGCCGAUUCGGGGCGGCAAGGGGGAUUUUUUUGGGCGGCAGAGUGUCAGCGCGCAGUGUGGGAGAGGGGGAGUGCAGGGGCUGGUGCUGCGGCCCUUUGAAGCAGACUCGGGGAAAGCAUCCCCAUCCCCUCCCAUUCUCCUACUAGGCAUCGACAUUGCGCCCCGGGUUGGCAUCAGAGGUCCCUCCAAUUUCUUCGGCCAUCCCACCACGUCUGACCUGGACGCACUCGAUUCCGCCCUCAGCCAAUGGGAGGCCGCCACGUCAGCGCUUCCAGCCACCCCUGCCACGUCAUCCUCAUGGAACACGUCAGCACAGGGGUGGCACGCCGUGGGUGGUGGAGGGAAGUGGGAGGGAGAAGGGGACGAGAGGAGGGGGCGGCAGCUGGGUGGAAGGGCAGGGGGUGGGGAAGAAAGGCGCAGUGCAGCCGAUGUGGGGGGGGUUGGAAAUGGAGGGGCAGCAAGCAGUGGUGGUGCAGGAGUGGAGAGCGGUGGAGCGGGGUUGUGGGAGUGGGAGGUGGGUGACUGGCGCAGCAACAGAGUGGUUCGCAUCCUGGCCCAUGACCCGCUGACUGGCCUUCAAUUCACCGACUUGCAGCUAUUGAGUCCCACCCUCCAUCGAGAUAGUGCUGAUCCCGUCACACUGGGCCCCAUGGUGCUGGCACGGCAACCAGUGGUGUUGCUCACUUGCCCGCCCAACGCUCACUUCCUGCCACCAUCACAGCCCAAGAGCGCGGGAGCAGGAGAGGGAGGGGGAGAGGGAGAGGGAGACGGAGCGGGAGCAGGAAGCGGGGAGCAGGUGGCAGCAUGGGUGGCGGGGGGUGAAAUCCGAGCGCUUGUCUUUUCCCUGCCGCCCAUCCUGAACGUCUCUGCCGUUGUCUAUCGCGAGCGGGAGCCGGGUGGCGGCGUGGGUGGCAUUCUGGGUGGCAUCUUGGGUGGCGUGGGCGGCAAAAGGAGCGGCGUGCAAGUAGUGCGAGUGGAUCUUAAGGGAGAAAGUAGCCCGUUAACAACAGGUGCAGAGGGCAGGAGGAGUGCUGGUAAUGCUGGUAACGGCGUGGGGAGUGGAAAGGAGGUUGAAGUGGAGAUAGUAGAGGAGGUGGUUCUAACAAGGGAGGAAGUGGAGAAGGGAGGUAAUAAAGAGGACGGCGCUCGCCGCCCGUCUCCGCUCUUCUGGGCGGCGUGGGACGCGUCGAGAUACACUCGCCCGCCCUUCUCUCCCUCCUCCCGCCUCUGGCUUGCCGUCCGGGUAUCGUACCGCACUCCUCCUCGUGAUGCUGCUGCUGCUGCUGCUUCAGCUUCAGCAGAGAGGGGUGUCUCAGUGUACACGUCUCCUGCACAGCCCUUCACCGCAUUCAACCGCGCUGUACCGUUCCCCCACACGUGGCUGGAGCGGACCAUUAUGGGAACAGACUGGGAGGAUCUCUGGCCCUUCGCUAUUGUCACACCUCUCCUCUUCCUCGCUCUCAUGCUCCUGGGGUCUAGGGCUUUGUCGUACCUCAUCCCCCCUCCCUCUUCCCACUCCUCUCCCUCUUCUCACACUUCUCACACUUCUCACUCCUCCCAUGCCUCUCGCCCCUCUCACACUCCCUCCCCCCACCCUCUGUCCACCACCCCACCCACAGUCACACAACCCCUCUCUUCCUCUCCCCUAUCCCACCGCACCCCCUCAUCCUCCCAUCUACAACCCUUCUCCUCCUCUCUUUUCAUUCUUGUGAAACGCCUCCCUUCCGCCCUCCUCGCCCUCUUACGUCUCUUACUACACAUCUACCUCGCUGCAUCCCACUCCACCGCUUG